AGGAAGUUUCCAAAAUGAAUGAAAUUAGCAUGCACAAAUUUUCAGUAUCGUUGCUAGUUGCUAUCCUCUUAUAUUUAUUUCAAUGGGAACAAGUUAGUGGGAAGAUAAAAUUCAGAGUUUCAGCGAACAUGCUAACUGAUCGGGAAAGCUUUGACUUUGGUCGAGAAGUCGAUAUUGAUGGAAUACUAAAGCAAAUAGAAACGAUAGGCAGGCGCACGAGACUGAUGCAAAAACACAACAAAACUGACAAGUUAUGUGCAGAAAAAAUUACAAAAUAUUUAGAGGAGAAGGUGGAGGCAUUGUUACCUGCUACAACUUCUCAGGUGGAGAAAGAAGAAAUUUUAUUGGGAGACGACAGCAUUCUCACGUCCGUUACCGGAACGCAAAAUUCUGACACGAUUGUUUCUUCGGAUCCACCGGCCUACGAAUCUUUAGAUUAUUCCUGGGACAAAGAAAUAUCUAAUCCUACAUUUGAUUCCGAUUUGAAUCCAUCAAAUAUUUUCAAGCACUUGAACUCGACGAAUGAAGUGCAGAAACGGUCAACAGAAGACAGCGUGUCAGACAUCUUGCAGCCCGUCCGAGGGGAGAGGCAGGCGCGUGUGUUCUUCAAUUUCGAUAGACGCUAUGCCCUCAACACAACCGCUGCCCUCACCAUUCCUCUCAUCCGUUUCUACUUUCCUGCUGAGAGGGAGGGGACAGAGUCAGGCUACGGCCCCAACGUGUACGCGACGCUGACGUUCGUGACGUUUUUCCUGCUGGGGGCCGUGGCGACCGCUGGGUACAACAUCGCGCUCAACACUCUGAGCAUCGGGGGCAGCGCCGGGCGUCUCCUCAACUCCUUCGGUCAUGGGACUCAGUUUCUGCGCGACUCCAGCGCGCUACCAGCAGCCGUGCACGAGGCGCUGGAAGAGCUCGCCGACGCGCUGGAGGUGAAGUCUUGUACACACCUUGCCACAUGCGAGGCCUACACCGACCUGCAUGCAAACAGCCUGCUCAGCCUGCCCUUCAGGGCCUACACACCGCAACUCGAGGUCGCCGCACGUCGCUCGUCAGGAUCAGGAUCAUGUCGCAGGGAAUAUCCUUGCAUCGUCGAUCCCUUCGAGCUCAUGAACCUCGUCAUUGACAUAGUUGCUGGCAAAUUCUCUCCUUAG